CAGAGAUUGACAAAGUGAUGCAUUUUCUCCCAUUUCCUGUUUCCACACGAAUAUGCAAAGUCAAGUCUGGACUAAUCUGGUCUGGGCAUGUACAAAAUUGACAAAAAACACGCACAUCAGGAACCAGAGGCGUGACUUGCAGGUAAAAGCUCGCAGAAACACGUACACACCCUUACUGCACUUUUUCCUUCAUACGGUCACUGUCCAGAGAAGAAAAAGCAAAUACCAGAAAUGGCGGAGAAGGCAUCCGUAUCUGUUGGUGAACGAUCAGCGGCUGCUGAGUCUGAGUCUGUGCAGAGUGGCUGCAAAACGCCACCUGCUGGAGCCAGUGGACUGGGCUUCACUCCUCAGGUCUCUAAUAGUGACAGGGUGGUCCAGCCAUUCCCACGCUCGCCAAAACUACAGAGGAAGAAACCUGCCAGGCGCUCCAAGGAGCAGCUGUCCAGGCUUCUGGAGGAGCUCCGGGCAGAGAAAUCAAAGACUGAAGCUCACAUCAAGUCUCUGAAGAAACGCAGCUCUGACCUCUCUAGGAGCACAGAGGCCAUGAAGCAGCAGGUCCGGGAGCACUACGAGAAAAUGCGGGCGGUGUUGCAGAGGGACGAGCAGACCGUUCUGGACUCACUGGAGCUGGACCAGAGAAAGACCAGAACCACGCUGGACAACGUUCUGAAGACCUGGAAGCAGCACCAGGACCAGGUCACCAAGAGCAUCAGCAGCACAGAAAUAUCUAUCCGCAAGAGCUCAACAGAGGAAGAGGAGGAAGAUGAGGGUCAGAGUGGUACAGUGAGUCCCAAGAGACCAGAUCCCUCUGAAAAGGAAAUUGGACUGAAUGAAAAGAGAUUUGAGAGGCUCCUGAAAACAUUAUCAGCCGUUUUUAAAAACCUCAAAGUGCAGCUGCAGAGGAAGACACUGUUGCUAGAUUCCAUUCCUGUGGUGAUUGACAGGCAGACGUGCCAUAACCAGAUAACGGUGACUUCUGAUGGACGGGGUGCGUUCUUUUCAGACUCAGACCACCCGGUCACAGAUCACCCGCUUCAGUUUGACAAAGUGUGCUGUGCUCUGGGUUCGUCCCGGAUAACGGGAGGUCAAAAUUACUGGGAGGUCGACGUGAGUUGCUGCUCGGCCUGGGCGGUGGGUGUGGCCAACACCAGCCUACAGAGAAAGGGCAAGGACAAGGGUGCCAAACUGGGGCGCAACAGAAACUCGUGGUGUGUGGAACUGCGUGACAGCAGUCUGUCCGCAUGGCACAACGACCGGAACGUCGCCUGCCACGGCGUGGGGCAAACAGCCCCAGCUAAGGUGGGGGUGUGGGUGAAUUAUGACAAAGGGCAGCUGAUGUUCUACAACGCUGACACCAUGGCUGUGCUGCAGAAGUUCUCGGCUGCCGUCACACCGGUGUUUGACAGAGCUCACCACCGGUUCACUGAACCACUGUAUCCAGCCGUACGGUUCCUGAGGCCGCCACAGAACCAAGUGUGGCCAAACCACCUGCAGCUGUCUCUUUAGCACUGUGUGAUACUCUGGAUAUCACUGUGUGCAGUUGGUAAAAGGUUCAUGUCAGCGGUCUUCAGUAGGGAUGGCUCCAUCUGGUGUUCACGAUCGGUAUCGCGCCGAUAUUGGUCAAACAUUUCAGUCCCAUACCUAAGCCCAAAUGCUCAACUUAACUUUGCGUGACAUACUUCAAAAAGGGACACUAUCGCCUCAGCAAUGGCAGUGGAAGAGAAAAGACGGUAUCGGGUGGAUUUAAGGUAUCGACAGAAAUUCCAAGUUGCUGUAUCUGACAAGAAAAAGUUGUAUCGAACCAUCUCUAGUGUACAGUCCUGUUACACUACAAAAAACAGUAAAUACCUUGAAGGUAGUCAAAACAUAUCAGAGCUGAAUCAGGCUACAUCACAGAUAAAUGAGGUCAAAUAUUAUAUAUUUUCAAGCAGUAAGGCAGUAGUUCCCAACCACUGGGGCCUGGCGGAUUAGCGAGUCUUAAGAAUUAUAAUCCAUACCAUGCAAAAUUAUCCAAUAUCACUUAAAUCAAUCUGAAUUAUUUAUUUUAAUUUGUCCUUGUUUGUAUAUGUGACAGUGACAGGCAAGGAAAAUACCUGCUUUUCCACUAGGCGGCAGCAGAUAGCCAUAAACACAAAAAAUAAUUAAGUGACUUAAAGUUGUUAAAAAUCUUCAUGUGUGGCUUUCUUCAAUUCCUGAGUAUAAAACAACGUUGUGUUUGUAAUAUUUUUUUCAUAUUAUUUUCUUGUUAAAUAUUUUUAUUCUUAAUAAGAGGACAUAAAAAGUGACGUGCAGUUGUUUUGUAAAGAAAUUUGCAUUUUUUUGUUAUUUAAGAUAACAAUUGCAGUGAGGUACUUUGCAUAGCUUUUACAAAUAGGUCAUAAUUUGUCUGGAGCUCUGUGAUAAAAUUGUAUACUGGACAAAAACAUGUCAUUUGUAACAUAUUGUGAGUUGAGUGUAUAGUCACAUGCCUUAGCAUCAUUAAAAU